AUGCAGUUAACUAUAGUGAUGAUCAUGCUGGGUGCUAUAUCUUUAGCCAGAGCUAAUAUGGAUGCGAUGAAUAAUUCCCUCAUGCUUGUGAUCCUGUUCUUACCUGCUGGUGCGCAGAAUAUGUACGGACCAAUACAUCUUGAAGCCUGGGCGGAACCCAAUUGCCAAGGUGGUGACACGGCUAUUACGUUUACCGACAAUUUUUAUGGACGAAAUUUAUCAAUCGCUUUGGUAUUCCGAGAGCGCAGUGCUUCUGCGCUCUCGGAAUACCACAAGGCCUGCGCUAGUUGCCGCAGGGUUGGGGAAUACAUUACUCGACUACUGUACCAAGGAAGGAGGAUAGCACCGCAGUGGGAUAUCCCGAUCAAGGCAUAUCGAGAGGAGCCAUCGAUGGGUCUGGCUGUUCGGUUGGUAUAUCGUUUGGGAUUGGAAAUGUCUAAUCAGGUCUACUCGGGUGUUGAAGACAUGGCUGAUGAACAGAUGAUGAGGCUCAAUUGGACAUCCGUGCCACCUUGGAUUUGA